GAAAGCAAAGAGAGGAAGGAAUUUGCUAGCCCCAACAGUGGCAUUAAAUAUAGGAGGUCUCGUCGCAGUAACACACUGCAUUCUGAAGGGAAUAGUUAACCAGUUGGUAUCUGUCCCCGAGAGGUGAAGAUGGUAAAGCAGCUCUUCAUAUGCGCUGCUCUCUUUCUUGCCAGUUUUCAUGGGGUUCAUUCUCUUAAAAUCUGUUCUUUUAACGUGAGGUCAUUCGGAAAAUCAAAGGCAGCCAAGGAAGGAAUUCUGGAUGUCCUUGUGAAGAUAAUAUCUCGUUGUGAUCUAUUGUUGAUGAUGGAAAUCAAGGAUAAAAGUAAGAAAUCUGUUCCCGCACUCAUGGAAAGAUUGAACAAUCAUGGCAACAGCAAUGAAUAUGAAGUUAUCAUGAGUAAACGUCUGGGGAUGAAAAGCUACAAAGAACAGUAUGCAUUUAUUUACAGGCCUAAACUAUUAACACUGAAAAAGAGCUAUCAAUAUCCAGAUUCCUCAACAGACAGUGGGGAUGUUUUUGCGAGAGAACCGUUUGUGGUAUGGUUUUCAUCACGCUAUACCUCUGUGAAAGAUUUUGUCAUUAUUCCUCUACACUCAAUGCCGACUUCCUCAGCCAGUGAAAUUGAUGCAUUGUACGAUGUUUACUUGGCGAUGAAGCAACGCUGGAGAACAAAGGACUUCAUAAUUAUGGGAGACUUCAAUGCAGACUGUGGCUAUGUCCCCAAGAAGGCAUGGAAAGAUAUCAGACUGCGAAAUGAUACCAAUUUUGUCUGGCUAAUUGGAGAUGAAAUUGAUACAACAGUAAAGGAAAACACAAACUGUGCAUAUGACAGGAUUGUACUUCGUGGUGGAAAGUUAUUAAAUGCAGUCGUUCCAAAUUCAGCCAAAGUAUUUAAUUUCAUGGAAGCUUACGGCAUGACUGAACAACAGGCUCUGAACGUGAGUGACCACUUUCCUGUGGAAGUCGAUCUGCAGAGGUCCUAUGGCUUUUCUAGCUGGUUGAAGUCUCGCAAAGGUCUGGAAGGGUAGAAAAUGACUCACAUAAUGGCUACUUCACCUCUCUGUGGAAUGAGAGCAUAUUGCUUCUAUUAUCAGUUUUAAGCUUCAUGGUAACUCAUUAUUUGCUUUAACUCUUAAGUUGCCAGCUCCAGAAUUUAUUAUAAGAAAUACAUGAAAUUUGUACAACUCAAAAGGGUCAUUCAGACCGAUUCCAGAGGAACCAUUUCCUUCCAAUCAACACACUUAUCAUCUCAAAGAUUGGGUAAGCAUUUGGCUCCUGUGUUUCUAACAUCACAGGUAAAGGUAAAGGCAUCCGUUAGUCUUGCGAGAGCAUGGAUCUGCGCCUGGAAAGUCUUCACUCUCCAGGGCGCAGGCCUGAACAAGGUUGCAUGGAAGACCAGCAGUUGCCCAUGCUGCAAGUCUCCCCCCUCCAUGACACCGAUGUUGUCCAAGGGAAGGGCAUUAGGACCCAUACAGCUUGGCACCAGUGUCGUCGCAGAGCAAUGUGUGAUUAAGUGCCUUGCUCAAGGACACAACACAUGUUGCCUCGACUGGGGCUUGAACUCAUGACCUUCAGGUCACUAGUCCAAUGCCUUAACCACUUGGCCACAUGCCCACACAUCACAACAGGGACAAUAUAUUUAAAGUGCUUUACUAACUGUAAGCUUCUUUUAUGAGGCCUUGGGGUGGGGAGGGGAAGGAUUGCAUCUUGAGGUCAAAAAAGAGGUUAUUUAAAUACAAGUUUUUUUCCCCCAAACAUUCCCUUAUUGCUCCAGAAACACAUCAGGGCCCAAUUUCAUCCAAAGUCUUGGAAAACUCCAGUUCCUUGACCUUUUUCACUAACUAUGCCCUAGCAUUAAGGUUUUGCAAGUUCUCAUUGAGAUCUUUAUUACUUCGUAGUUUCACUCCUUUUUAUAUAACUCAUCUCUCUGUGAUAAUAUGUGCCAACAAUGAAUUCUCAGAGCUCCAGAGUAUUACACGUCCUCUGACUCCAUACACAGGCUGACGCUAUCUUCCAGUUACUGCAGCCUCAAUUCUAAUGGAGAAAAAUUCAGGCAUUCAAAUGUAUUGGACUCUGCGGAGAGAACUGUAAGCCAUGUUAACCCUCUUACCUCAAUUGUAAGCCAACAAUUAACCACUAACCUAGAACAGAUGGGAAGCAAUACCAAGCCAGGGGAAAUCUGGACAAAGUGGAAGUUUUCUGCAACACUAUCUAAAAUGCUUAGGUUAGCACUGGAAAGUUCACAGAGCAGGAUGUUAAUUUCAACUAACACUGAAAGGAAAGUAUGGUUAACUGACAUGGCAUGGACCACGUUCAGUGACAGGAGAGGAAUUCUAUAUUAGGCAUAAUAUCAAAAAUUUUCCAUUUUAACUUCCUAUUUGUAAGUUAAUGCAAUAUGUCAUGUUUCAGAAAGAAAUUGCUAUUAAAACUGUAUAUAAUUAUGAUUGACCAUGAGCUAUUAAGAUCAAAAGAUUGUUGAUGGUUUGUCCAUGCAAAAUGUGAACAUACUGCACUAGCAGUGCUUUAACCUGAUGUACAUUAGGCACUUCCACUUUUGAAUGAGAUUCUGAAUAAAUCACAU